CCCGUCAUCAUUUCACCUUAUUUAGCUUUUCAGCUUCGUUCACCCCAAGAAAUUCCCCACGUAAACUGAUCGAAUCGCUGGUGUAUGACUCGAGAUAACAGGAUAAUAACCGGGGAAAGACAAAGUUGGAACAGCUUGUGGGCCUGGCCACCAGAAUAGAACUAUCAGCCGCCAUACGCUGCAAUACCACUGAUCGGGCCGUAGGAGGUUCACAUUAUGCUGAUCACAUGGUACCAUCUUUUGGACGUAUUGCAUGCCAUCUAGCCAACUGUUCAUUGGAGAAGAGCAUAUUAGAAAUUGCAUUAUCGUGUGCUCAAAAAAAGAAUCUAAUAGGAUAAUGUAGCGCUAAAGUGAGAUGUGUCAGACGACAGACAAGUAGUGGCACAAUAUUUUCAUUCACCACUUCUGUAUCCUCCGAAUGCCAUUCUUUUUCAAUUUAUUGACUCGGUUCCAAAGUAAGGAUCAUUGUAGUGUUGAUCUUAAAAAGGCUAUCUCUCUACGAAGCAUCAUCAGGAGACGACCACACAAAAAAACCCUGUCGUUAUCCGGUUAGGCCCUAUCGAGUUAUCAAGCCCUACAGUUUCCGUUAUUAAUAGUUAGGGUUACCCAUCUCCUGCGAAACAGAAUCAUUUUUAUCAAGCCUGUCAUUACUAGAAUACUGUUCCUUCCUGUUCAAAAUUUCGGCUUUACGAUAUACCACUUGCUUGCACUCGCUUUUCAAAAAGCUCCAUAUUCGUCCAGAGAAGCAGUCGGGCAAGGGAAAUAUGUUGAAGCUUACACGAUCUUUGGAUGGUGCUACCCCCUUACCUAUCACUCAAAUUGCAGUGCUUAUGGUUGUGAGGCUAGCUGAGCCAAUUUCUUACACGGUGAUCUUCCCGUUCAUCAACCAAAUGGUGGAGGAACUGCAAGUCACAGAUAAUCCUGAUCACGUUGGAUUCUAUUCGGGUUUAGUGGAAUCAGUUUUUGCGUUUGUUCAAUUCUUUACGGUAUACCAUUGGGCUCAAUUGUCAGAUUGUAUAGGACGAAAACCUGUGCUUCUGCUGGGAUUGACCGGGGUCGCUAUCUCUGGAUCCCUGUUUGGUCUAGCCAGUUCCUUUUGGAUGAUGAUUCUCUUCAGAAGUUUGAAUGGAGCGCUCAAUGGCAAUGUUGCGGUGGUGAAAGCAGCCAUUGGUGAUAUCACGGAUGAGAGCAAUUCCACAGAGGCUUUUGCGAUGUACGGACUUACCUGGACGGUCGGAUCUAUGAUCGGGAAUGCCAUGGGCGGUUUGUUGUCUCAUCCUUUUGAAAGAUUUCCCGAGUGGUUCGGCUCGGUAUAUCUAUUGCAAAGCUAUCCAUAUCUAUUGCCUUGCCUGGUCGGAGCUGGGUUAACGGUUCUAGGUAUUUUGUUUUCGCUCCUUUUUUAUCGGGAAUCGUUACCAGGCUUGUCAAUUCCCCCGAUCUCGUUAUCUUCUUCAUUCUUUAUCGACAGCAGGCUAUCACGGCGGCUAUCUUGGGUCCUUCCUUCUUCUUUUAGCAGAACCUCAAACCAUGAAAGGCAGGUUUCAACAGCGUCUUUGAUGUCAGAAACGGAAACAUUAGUAGAUUCCGAUACGAGGGACUUUCUUGCAUUGAGGAAGGGAAUCGAACUGGUGGAUGAAAAUGUUGAACAAGCAAAAGUAACCAGGUGGGGAUUCUGGGAACUAAUGAGGUUCAAAAAAGUCAAAAUUAUGACUGCUACUGUUUUCUUGAAUUCAUUUGUUCAAGGAGCCUGGAACGCAGCAGUGCUAUUAUUUUUCUUUGACAGAAAUCACGGACUAGGCAUGUCUGCUUCAGCAAUUGGUAUCGCAAUGGUUGCUUAUAAGCUGCUUUCUCUCGGUUGGCCAUUGGUUUGGAUUUUUAUGCCUCUCUUGCGGAACGUUCUUAUGUCAACGGAAUCGCCCCUUCCACCACUUCAAGACGUGCCGGACACAAAGACUAGUCACCACCGCUAUCACCCAGUAAUCUAUCCAGAAGAAAGAGCAUGGCCGACGACUAUUUGCGUGAAUCUUUACUUGAUGUUUGUUACUGUCGUGGGUAUGAGCUCCAGCCUCCUGAUGGUACUCGUGAACUAUGCCAGCCCUGACAAGACUGCACUUGGGGCUAUCAACGGGAUCGGCACAGCUGCGGGCUGUAUGGCUAGGGUCAUCGGGCCUUCUUCCGUCUCUGCUCUCUUUGCAUUCUCGAUGGAUGGUCAGGUCAUGGGUGGCAGGCUCUGGUGGAUCUUCAUGGUUGGUAUGUCACUCGUCAACUUCGGUAUCUGUAGCUUGGUUGCGUCCGACAGCAAUGGUACUCGUGGUGAUCUUGCCGACGAGUUCGAUGAAGAGGUGGAAUUGGAUUCGGGAAUAAGAGAGAGAGUUGGUGCAGAAUAAGAAAAAUCGCACAGAGAAACCGUGGAUCUACCCACAGAACGACAUUGUAAGAUUCUUUCUGCCCGUUACGCGCCUGAUGAAAUAUUUGUUGGAAUAUAAAUGAAUUUCUGUACGGAUAUGUUGAGCAGAUUAUAUUUUGUACCGUAGAAUAUGAUGGUUGGACGAAUGAACGAA